GGCGGAGUGGGGAGCGGCCCGGCCGGGACUGGCGGGCCGCGGGAGGCCGGAGCAGGAGCCGGAGCGGGAUCCCGACGUGGCCGCAGGGCCUCUUCGCCUUCAAGAUGCGGUACAACGAGAAGGAGCUCCAAGCGCUGUCCCGGCAGCCGGCAGAGAAGGCGGCGGAGAUCGGGAUGCGGGUUCCCAAGAAGGGCAGCGUGGUGAAACGGAGGCUCGUGAAGCUGGUGGUGAAUUUCCUUUUUUAUUUCCGGACAGAUGAAGCAGAGCCCAUCGGAGCCCUGCUUCUGGAACACUGCCGGAUUGCCAAGGAAGAGCCAAGUGGCUUCUCUAUCAGCUUCAUUGAGGAACCAGACAGGAAGUACUACUUUGAGUGCAGCAGUGAGGAGCAAUGUCAGGAGUGGAUUGAUGCCCUGAGGAGAGCGAGCUAUGAGUUCAUGCGGAGAAGUCUCAUCUUUUAUAGGAAUGAGAUCCAGAAGAUGACGGGAAAGGACCCCCUGGAGCAGUACGGCAUCUCUGAGGAAGCCAGGUUCCAGCUGAACACGCACCAGGCAUGAGCAUCUCUCCUAAGAAAGAAGGCUGCCUUGCUCCGAUUCCUGCCACUAUUCACCCCAGUGACUAUUGGUGGGUUGAUGGGGCAGGGAGGGGGAAAAGGAGUUGAGGAAAAGAUUUCCAGACCUCAGGCCUCCUACAACAGAAGACCUCACCCUGGGACUGGCAGUGGGCUGCCUGGAUUGUUUCAACAAAAUCUGGGCCCAGGGGAAGGAAGGGGAUGAAAUGUAGUUUUUCUUCUCUGGUUGAAAAAAGUAACCAAGAACUAGAGUUAGGGCACCUCCGAGCAUCCUUCACUGGAGCUGGGCAGGGCAGAGCGCUCCCCAGGCUUAAGGGCCGCAGCUGGGGUGGGGCUGAGCACCAGUCGUCUUGGACAGAUGUUUCCAUGGCCAUUUCCUCUGUAGGUGAAUGCAAGGACAGUGUGUGGAAGAAGGAAGGCAUUAAUGAGCUUGGUGCUGCUGUGGUAGUUGUCCUUCAAGUCCUGGUUUUUGUAAAGGCCUCUUCCAUCCCUUCCCAGGAUAAGCCUGCUUUCUUCUUACCCCUUGGCCCUAAAGGCUGUGUGCCUCAGUGGUACGACCUGGGAUAACUCAUUUCCCUAUCUACAGAAGGAGGGCAGACUAGCUGGUUUCUUCUGAGGUAGCAUGCCGGUUGGGUCAGAGGUGUGAGAGGACAAGGUAGCACAGGCCUUAGCAAAAGGCCUUUGGGAUGCUGGGGGCCACCCUCUACCCUGGAAGCUAGUUUCUAGGUGGUCAGUCAAGCCUCCACCAACCCUAUUGGGGCAGCCGAAUUCCUCAUUUCGGACAGCCAGGAACUUUGGAAAGGGAUGCUACAGUUGGAGCAAAGUAAACAAGCCUUGUGACGGCCUCUGCCCCCCACACGCCUCAUGAGCGAGCCAAAGGGGUGAUCAAGGGAGCAGGUGUGCGAACACACCCAUGGGGUUUGAUGACCUGGGCCUGAGGAUGCCAGCCCCUGCCCAGGCUUUCUUGUCAGCAGAAGCUCUGCACUUCUAUCUCCCCGUCUACUUGAAAGUAUGACGCUAGAUGGUGCUGUGAAUGGCUUUGGGGUGGGGGGAGGGGCAAAUCCCAUGUGGUUGUUGAUUCUACUUUCGGGUACUAUCCAGCUGCAAGAAGCUUUCCUUUUAAUUUCUGCUUCUGGUCCAUCAGGGAAGUGGCUCUCCAGGUACUGUCCUAGGGAGGCUCUUGUGGAUUUGGAGUAAAUGUCUUUUUUUUUUUCAAGAUGCCUUUGUGAGGCUCCUCUUUGGUAGGACAGCAGCAGCAGGCUCCUAGGGAGGAGGCAAGCUUGAGCCUCCUCCCUUUCCCAGGGCUCCAUGAGCAACCACAGAUAAUCCAGCUGGCCUCUUCACACCUCCCUGGAGAGGAGGCAGCCAGUCCAAGCCAAAUAAGAGCAGAGACUUCCAAAAAGGAGACUAGCAAACCUCCUUCCUCCACCCCAGACAAAGACAGUGGUUUUUAAGAAACCCUUUGACCUGUGUGAGACCUUGUGUGGAUCAGGGCAGGGUCAAAGCCUAGAAAACUUGAAGGUGGAAAAUGAAAUGUGAGGGCAACACCCAACCUGAGGUCAGUGUCCCUAGUGAGGGAAACUCCUGGGUCAUUAGCUUGACUUCCCCCUGCCCCCCAAGUCUCAGCUCUGCCAGAUUUUCUUUCUGCCUUACUCCCCAGUCUUCAUUUCCAUUUCUUCCAGGGGAGGAAGUAGGGGUUGUUUUCAGUCUUCAGGCUAUAGUAGCUGCCGGAUUUCUAGGACAGGAUUUUAACUGGUGCCAGGAAAUCUAGAGACAUGGUAUGAUGAAAUACUGGAGUCCCCCAAAAAACUGUACCCCAUGGCCUGAGGUCCCUCUUAGCUUUGGACAUGACUCUUUUUAAGACUCGGUAAGUUUUAAGAGUUGUUUGAAACAGGCCAACCACAACCAUUCAGGUUGUUUCUCCCUCAGCAGCAGACUCAGAGAGAGAGAGAGAAUAAAUACAGUUAUGGUUUCCUCCUAGGUUUCCCUUUUAAGGUCGCUCUAUUGGGGUUGGAGAACCCUAUGAGGACAUGAGUUCUAAGAUCCAAGAAACAGGCUAGAAACUUAGGUAUGUGUGUGUGUGUGGGGGGGGGGGCAGGGAACAACAAAAGCAACUUCAAGCCAAGAAGAAAAUACUCCCUAGUUUAGUUGAAGCUAAAAAGGGUGCCAGUAGAGCCCUGGUUUUGGAUGGAUGGAUGGAUGGAUGGAUGGAUAUGUGUGUGUAUGAGAUACAGUGACUACCCAGCUACAUUAGGGUACCCCAAUUAUUUGUCUGGGGUGGUGAGAGGAUCAGUCGGUCUAUAUACUCUUAGGGCACAACAUUAUAAAUAUUAAUAUGAAUCUGUGAUAAGAAAAGGAGCCACCACAUUCCUACCAUCCAACUUUAAUACUGAAUAAAAGUUCCCAUUAAAAACAGA